CGCAUACCAUCCGGUACCGGGCUUCACCAACCGGUAUCACGAUCUAUCCUUUUCUUGUUCAUCGGUAGUUGAACUCCAUCCUUUGUCUGUCGACAGUUGAACCAUCAGCCUUCGAAACCAUUUAUUUCCGUAGCCCGAUUCGCGAUUGGAGAGCGGCAAUCUGAAUACCCAUACUGAUACGGUGCAACAAACAACGAUCUCAUUUGUUUACACUUGUCUAGAUACAGGAAUAUCAUCACGACAAAAUGCUAUCACCCGAUCGAAUCUCGAUCGUCUUGUUCCUGGUGUGGGCCGUCGCUCUGUCGUGGACACCUCUCUGCGAUGCCAAAACAAAACAGAAAGCACAAAAACCCCUCCACGAGAAGUACAAGAAUCUUUGUAAGGGGCUGCCGACGAUUAAAAAGAAGCACGAGGCUCACCUAAAGAAACUCAUAGCUACAGUCGGAGAAGCCAAGAUCAUCGGGCAAACCCCGCAACACGAGGCCGCGUGCUGGAUGUUCCGCCAGAAAAAAAGUUACAAUCCCCAGCGAUACGCCCUGGCCGUCACAUAUUAUUCGUCGAAGGGAGCCCAGUGGGAGGCCAACACGAACUGGAUGACACCGAAGCACGAGUGCACCUGGCAAGGGGUCACGUGUAACCUCUUCGGUACGGUGGUUGAGCUGGACCUGGGGUACAUCGAGCUGGAGGGCCUGAUCCCGAGGGAGCUAGGUAUGCUGGGCAGCCUCCGGGACCUCGACCUCCACGGGAACGAUCUGCAAGGCGUCCUUCCUCACCGGCUGCUGGAUGGAAUGAAAAAGGGUGAAUUUUUGCGCCUCCAGAUGAACGGGCUCUUCGGCUCGAUCCACAAGGAAAUCAUGCGGAUGAAGAAUCUGAAGGAAUUGUACCUGUUUGGAAACUUUUUCGCGGGCACGAUUCCCAAACAGCUGUCGGAGCUGAAGAAGCUCGAAGUCUUGGAUCUGUACGCAAACCAGCUCACUGGAACGAUCCCGAAGGAGCUCGCGAAUCUGCCAAACCUGAGUGAGUAUCAUACUGUAGCAUCGAAUCGAAGUAGAAAGCUAAAGGGUUCUGGUCCGAUUGAUCAAGGAAAUGGAAGGGAGGAACAUCUGAAUGGAGUCUUUCGUCUUGAUCUAUAAAUGCACCGGAUUUCGCAAUGCUGACGGGUGAUUGUUUAAGCAUUUUACUCACCGCUUCUGUUGUGCUGAACUAUUUUGCGUUGCAUUGUGUGGCAUUGAAUCGUAUUGCUACGACAGAAUACCUGGAUUUACACGACAACAACCUUACGGGGACCAUGCCAAAGGAGAUUUGUGACAAAAAACUAGAUACGCUGGUGGCAGAUUGCCACGGAUCCUACCCCGAGGUGAGGUGCAAAUGCUGCACGGUGUGCUGCGAGGGUCUGCCCGUACUGUCCUGCUUCGAUCCAAAGACCGGCGAACAGGUUACUCGCCCGAUCUGAUACAGCAUUUAACCAGAUCAGGUUGCAAUCUAUCAACAGUAGGUGUAGUGGGCCUCCCUAGCCAGUAGAAUUGAAGUCUGCAGAUAAUAGGAAAUACUGAACAUAUUGAAAUACAAGGAAGGACAACGA